GGGGCGGGGGAUGACUUCAUGCAGCCGGAGCGCGGCGGCUGGAGCGGCAGCUGCAGCCGGCAGGUGGGCUGGGGGUGUCCCCGGAGCUGCCCGCGAGCACUGUCCGAGCCCCGGCACCGUAGCCCAGGGCUGCAGCGCGGGAAGCUGCCCCAAUCCGACAGGGAGCAGUUCAUCACUUUAAUUGACUCAGUCCAGCAGAACCAAGCAUCGUGUUCUGUCUUUCACUGGCUGUUUCUUUGAAGUUUCUGCAUUUCUGAAAAGUCCCGAUUUUUUCAAGGAACAACUUUUCGCAGUAGAUUGAUUGAAGUUCUGAAUUAAAAAAAAAGAGGAUCCAGCAUAGCCAAUGAAUUAAGGACAAGAAGGUUUCCAAUCAGCCCCUGCUAUGUGGAUAUUUGUUAGCAAUGACUGAUGUGGAAACUACAUAUGCAGAUUUUAUUGCUUCAGGAAGAACAGGUAGAAGAAAUGCAAUACAUGAUAUCCUGGUUUCCUCAGCAAGUGGCAACAGCAAUGAAUUAGCAUUGAAAUUAGCAGGUCUUGAUAUCAACAAGACAGAAGGUGAAGAAGAUGCACAGAGAAAUUCAAAAGAACAAAGCGGGGAAACCCAGGGAGAAGCAGCAAAAUCCGAAAGCUAACACUUCCCGUUGCCCUGUAGCAGCACCUGACAAUGUCUGACGUCUCCACACCGGGCGGGAAGGCAUUUGUUUCCAAGAGGGAAAAGAGGAGAAAGAAAAUGGCUGUACUGCAUCGCAGGAACCUGCUCAUGAUCGUGUUAAAAAUGGGGGCAGAGGCGGUGGCUGCAGACAGAUUUUUCUCUACCUCUGUCAUUAGCAAUGGUUGAAAUCAUGUGGCUUGUGUUCGGAUGCCAUGUUUGUCCGGUUCCUUUCACUUGACCACAUGAUGAGAAGCUUAUAGAGAGUAGCAUCGACCUAGGUGAUGAUUCUUCCUGUAGCAUCUGGCCCCUCAUAAUGUCAGAGGAUUUAAUUGUGUCUACUUGCAAAGGGUUGGUUGAACCGCAGAGUUUAACUCUCUGGCCUAAGUAUUCACCCAGUAAAAAGAACAUCCCGAAAGCACUGUCUUCAGCAUUACGUAUCCGUGUGUUCUUGCUGUGUUAUUUACACUGUUUUUGUAUUGUACAAUAUAGACUCAGCACUGCCCCCUACGAUUGCUUAUGAGAAACAAAAAUUAUGUACAUUACUGUGAAUUUUUAUACCACUCAUUUUUAAAAGGGCUGUAUUUUUUCCUUCUUCAUAGUGUGGUGGUGUACACAGGAUAGAAUGCACUUUUUGAAAAAAAAAUUUGAUAAAAAUUUGAUCUUUCCCCAGGAUCACUGUAUCUUGAUGAGUUAAGUCCAAGGGGUUUACCAAUACUCUUGCAUUAGUUUAAGAUAUCCAUUAAUGUGAAUAUUAUCUAAAUUCUACAGGUUUCACCUGGGGUCUCUGCACAGAUCAGAGAAUUCAGUCUGCAAACAACUUAUCCCUAAGUGGACAACUUUCACAACUAAUGUUUUUAUUAGGCAGUAGGGAAGAUGCUAAAUGGAGUUAAAAUAAUACCAAUGACUAGUAAUAUGCUCUUAUGGAAUCACAUUUUCCAAAAAGUUGUAUGUCACUACUUAAAUUAGGAGAAUAAUUAUCUCCACAAAACUUCAAAAUGUGGACAAAAUGUUCUUUCUGUAAUCAUGUGGACACCAAUCACAAAAGCUAAGCCCUUGUGUUAUGUUUUUCAUAUCUUUUUCAGUCCUAUCAGAUCCAAAUGUUAUUACACACUUUUUAAUGUUUGUAAACUUUUACUAAUUGUUGUGAAUUGCAUUCUGAUACAACAAUCAUAAUUAGAAGCUAACAGAUUCCUUAUUAAUACUGUUGAUCACCUCUGCUGUGUUUUGACAUCAUGGUUCUUAUAUGGAAAGUUUCUGUGAGUUGUGUAAUCUCCCUGGUCAGUAUUAUGAAAUCAUUUAUCAGUGGUAAUAAAUAAAGAUCCAGUAAUAUGCCAGUGGCUCAUUAAUUACUGGAAAAAUAGGAGGCAACAGGAAGACCUUUUACAAUAAAGAUUCUACUAAACUGUCCUUGAGUCUUAGAUACAGUCCAAUGUUAAGUAGCUCGAAACAUAUCUGGAUUAUUCUACCCACAUGGACACACAAAAACUUACCCCUUUUUGUAGUUUCAUGUAGAAAAAAGGUAAGUCUGCCCUGACUUUCUGUAAGUAUUUUUUCUAAUGACUAGAAUAAGGACAUGGGCAUUAUUGAGUCUUUCAUCAAACAUUACUGAAGAAAAUGUUCAGUGAGUCUUUCAGAGUCUAACAGAGACUCUCAAAUCAUAGAAAAAGGAAAGAUUAAACUUUAGCCACAUCAUUCUACUUAAACUCUUAGAUUUGAAAUGCCAAGUUAAUAUUCAAACAAAUCUACCCAUGAGUAGGGAAAUUUUUUUUCAUACCAGUGGGGUAAAAAAAAAUGUUCCUAAAGAUAUUUUAGACAAUCUUUGAUAGUUUUUUAUAUAUAUUCAUGCCAGGGGACCAGAGAAGUAGUACAGUGGGUAGGCCACAAAGGCAUGUGACUGACCCAAGUUCAAUCCCUGACAUCCCAUAUGGUCCCCCAAGCCCACCAGGACUGAUUCCUAAGUGCAGAGCCAGGAGUAACCCCCGAGCAUUGCUGGGUGCGGCCUCCAAACAAAAAAAUUUUAAAAAUUAAAAGUAAAGUACCCAAUAUAUAAAAUUAUGUUUUCAAUACACUCAUUUACAAUUCUGAAAAUUUUCUUAUAAAUCUGAAGUUCUCUUCAUCCUUAAAGUUAUGAAAUUCAAAACUAAUUUAAUAUGGUAUUGUGAAAAGUAGGAUUAGUGUUGAGUAAAUAUGAAGGGUGUAUAUUCUUCUGUGAGAUACUAUUAUUAAUGCAUGUGGUGUCAUGCUUGUCUUUGAAUAUUUAAUAGUACAAAACUGUGAAGUCAUAUGGAGCUUUUGAAUUCUUUUGGCCUCUUACUGCUACUUCGUCUGCUGUAUUCAAACCCAGAGUCAUUCCUUAACUAGAAGAUUAAAAAUCUACUUUCCAAAAUGCCCACAUCCCACAAAUAUUGCUUAGCAAAAGUUCACAAUCUCUUUAAAAUCUUUAAUUACUUGCUAAUCUAUAAAAUACAUGAAAUUAUAAGGCUUUAUAAGGAUAGAAAGAAAGGGUAGAACACGAAGGAAUUGGUUUGAUAAUAUGCAUUUAAUGCUUAUUAACCAAUCAAAUUUAUGCUAAUCUCUUUGCAGCAUAUUCUCUCAUUUAUUCCUCAAAUAGUUUGCUUACAGGGCUCAAGCAGCGAUACCUCCUUGGACUGUAACACUGAACCACAUGGCCCAGUUGGCUGAGUAUAGACUUUGGACCUCAAGAUUCUGGUACUUUGGGAAUUUCCCUGCCCCUCCCACUUGUACACACACACACACACACACACACACACACACACACACACAGCUGUAUGCUAGCCUAUUUCACAGAAUAGGAAAUUAAAGCUCAAUAAAAUAUAAUUUUUCCAUGUGUUAAAACCUAAUACAUAAUGAAAUUAAGAUUUGAAUUAUGUCUGUCUCUAAAGAGUGUUCCAUGGCACAUGUCAUAAAACUAAAGCAUGUUUCUCUGUUAAAGGAACUUUCAGAAAUGGAUGGGUUGACCUCCUUAUGUUAUAGAAGAAAGAUUUGCUUUCACAAGGUCACCUAAUGACAUAGAUGUGAGUAGCUCUUAGAAAGAGUACUUUAUAGGAAGAAAGAAAGAAAGAAAGAAAGAAAGAAAGAAAGAAAGAAAGAAAGAAAGAAAGAAAGAAAGAAAGAAAGAAAGAAAGAAAGAAAGAAAGAAAGAAAGAAAGAAGGAAAGAAGGAAAGAAGGAAAGAAAGAAAGAGAAAGAGAGAGAGGGAGGGAGGGAGGGAGAGAGGGAGGAAGGAAGGAAGGAAGGAAGGAAGGAAGGAAGGAAGGAAGGAAGGAAGGAAGGAAGGAAGGAAGGAAGGAAGGAAGGAAGGAAGGAAGGAAGGAAGGAAGGAAGGAAAUUCAAUUUGAACUUAUUCUUUGUGUUACACUUUCCAAAAGAAUUUUUCUAGCAUGCAGUCAGUAAACGUAGCAUGGUUCAGAUUUUUCACUUUCUAUGCUACUCAUUUGAUAGUUAGCAAUGUAACAAUUUCGGGUUUUCAACAAGCAUGAGCUUGUUCACUUUACCUUUUGUCAACUAAAUGUAGUUUGCCAACCUACUGCGAUAAAAAAAAUUCAUGGUACUGUUUUUUAAUAGGUGUCUUCAGAUUUUAGGCCUCUGCUCCAGUGCUGUAAAUGUCCUGUCCUUGAAUCUUGCUCAGAUACAGUGGAGAUGCGCAAUGUUAGAAGAUGAAUAAAACUCUUUGUCUUUGGAACAGAAACAGGGGGUUUAAAUUGUAAUUUUCAAGCAGCAUAGCUUCUGAGCGAAAGCUGUAGUAAUAGAGAGGAAAUGUAUAGAAAUCAAGUGAAAACAGGAAAGGGGUCUGUGAUUAACAAUGUCCUCCUAGGCCCGCCAAUGUUCUUUGAGAGUGGCAGUCUCUGAAGUCAUUUGUGAGCUUGUAUGACUUUUGUACCUAGCGGUGUUGCAUGCUCACAUAAUUGAUAUUAAAAUUAAUACAUUUUUUGGAAAUAUA